GUGAUCGCAGAGACACAAGUCAAGAGACUCUUAUUAGUCUUUGCUAUUCAUCGAUCGGCAAAUAUCGUACCGAGUGAAAUGGCAACAAUAUAUCGAUAAAUUGUGCAAUAAUUCUAAAAUUUUUUCGUAUCGAGAACUUUUUCUCGAUCGAAGGAUAAUUACUUAUGUUAAAUAUACAUUCGUCAUUGAUAAUUAAUUGAACAUUGAGUGUUCUACAAGAGACAUGUACUUGUGUGACAAAAAAUCAUGAAGCAUUUAUUCAAAAGUGUUUAAUAUCAGAAGAUUCGUUAGAUAUUUCUCAUGCUGAUGAAUAUCGUUAUGGGAAGAAGAAAAAACGGACAUUAUCUUUUGUUCCAUCGCAUCCUUCUUGCAUCAGAGAUUCAUCUCUCUCUCUCUAAUGACGCCUUUGUUCGACAAGAAAUUCUUGGAAAACGCAAACUUCUAAGUAAAAAAAAAAAAAGAAAAAACGUUUCGCCAUUCAUCCAGGAUCUCGAGGAUCAACUAAUAGACCGAGAGUAGCAAUUUGUAAUCUCACCAGAAGCGACAAGCUAGGAAACGACGAUGGCAUACAAACAGCCUACUUCGCACAGCCUGCAGAGCAGAGAAAUUUCUCGGCAAGGAAUCGCGUCCCCCACACCCGCGGGUGUCACCCGCCAACGAUAAAGGAACGAAAGGCAUCCCCCUUGGCUCGCGCGAACGAUCGAGAUAAUAUUCCAUUGACCUUUGGCCGUCCGCGCUGCAACGUACGUAUCCUCCACCUGACAGCCAACGUGAUCUUUUCGCACGUGUGGUGGGGUGGCCUUGCCUCUCUCCGAUUGGCUCGCGCUCCACGUGCUACGCGCCGCAAUCACGGUGGAACGAAACUAGUGGGAGUGGGGGAGAGCAACGACUCUAAUAUAUUUUUUGAACUCGGCCGAUACUCCACGCUUUCGUCACUUUUGCGAGAGAAGCGCGCGCGGUUCGCGACACGGGUAAACACGGUGCAUCGGUGGAUCGGUGACGAUCGAUAAUCUCUCAUCAUUUAUGUAGGCGUAGAAAUAUACGGUUGAUCAGCUCGGUCGGUAUUCGUUCGAGUCGAGAUUCGGUGAGGAAUUUUUCAAGUCCAAUCCGAAAGACGGAAUUCACGGAAUUCUCUCGUCGUCGUCGUCGUCGUCGUCGUUGUCGUCGUCGAGGGAUUCGAUACAACGAGACACCGUUGUCUAAGUAAAUAUAUAUAUAUAUGUAUAUAUAUAUAUACAUCACGUAGUGUGACGGGAGGAGAGAUCUUGAAGAUUCGCUCGAAUAAAGUUAUAUCACGUAAUGUGACGGAAGAAACUGUUGUACGCAGUGCACUCGUGUUUAAACUUUUAAAACUUCACUUGUAUACUUCUGUAUUCCUUCCUUUUAUCAUCGACAACUGAUCGAUAUCGUAUCGAUAUUGCAUAUCAAAUGAUCGUAUAUAUAUAUAUAUAUAGUUAAUAAACUAUAAGAAAGAGCUCGGUUUCGCAAGUUUUUUUCAAUCUUCUUGCCCCGCGAAUUCUCUCGCUCACCCGUGGGGAGGGUCAGAGUUUGCCGAGUGAAUUUCUAAUCCGUGGGUCGAUAAAUCUCUCUCGUGAUCGACCUGCGACUUUCCUUGCCUUCGCGAGAGAGAAAGAGAGGGAGAGGAAAAGAAAGAAAGAAAGAAAGAAAGAAAAAAAGAGAAAGAGAUAGUUAAGCGAGACAUUAUGAAGGAUUUUAUGAUGAUAUGGAAUCGACUCACCGGUCGUCGUUACUCGAAUGUCAACCCGAGCCAGAAUCAAAACGACAUUAACGAGGCGGAGGAUGCUACGAUAAGUAGAAGGGCGAACGAACUGAGGAGAAAGUCUUCGAUCGUGGUCAAUAAUAUAUUUAAUGCGGCUCUGUCGGUGCAGACUGGUGGAAGGCCGAAAUGGUUCAAGAGUAUUUUCAUACUGAUGAUUUUGGGAUGCCUCGGUCUUGCAACCGGUUGCAUUCUCUUCGUGUUUCAACCGUACGAGUUACUUUUUAAACUGAAAAUAAUCUUCAGCCCCAACAGCGAGAUAUUCGAGUUAUGGCGGAAACCGGAUGUUGAACUUUAUCUCAAGGUCUACCUUUUCAACGUGACCAAUCACGAAGAAUUUUUGUCCGGCAAGGAGAGCAAGUUAAAAUUCCAAGAAGUUGGUCCUUACGUUUACAAAGAAUCAUUCGAACAUGCGAAUGUUCUAUUCAAUGAUAACAGCACGGUGACGGCGCGGCUGCUUCAUCCAUUGGAAUACGUACCGAAAAUGAGCAACGGCACGGAAGAGGACGAAAUGAUAUUACCAAACAUCGCGUUAUUCAGUAUCACGAACGUAAUGAGGAAUGCCGCGUACCUAUCUAGAUUAGGAUUAAACUUAUUAAUCCUUAAUACAAAUUCUCAUCCUUUGAUCAAAAUGACUGCUAAAGAGUUUAUGUUCGGAUACAAAUCUACUCUGGUCACUUUGGGCAAUAAGAUGAUGCCAUUCUGGAUCAAAUUUGAUAAACUGGGUCUUAUAGAUAGGAUGUAUGAUUUUGAUGGUGAUUAUGUAACUGUUUAUACUGGUGAAACCGAUGUACGUCGAACAGGCCUAAUUGAAAAAUAUAAUGGCAAUGUAAAUCUACCGCAAUGGACAGGAAAAUGUGCUAAUGUGAAUGGAGCCAGUGAUGGAGUAAAAUACCCUAGUUACAUUGAGCCGAAUGAUACUAUAUUAUUUUUUAGAAAAAGUCUCUGUCGCGCUGCCCCUAUGAUUCGAAUCGAAGAAACGAGUAUAAAAGGGAUGCAUGCGUAUAAAUAUAUAUUCAUUGAAAAUAUACUUGACAAUGGCAUCUAUAAUCCUGAGAAUAAAUGUUUCUGUCGUCAUGGACAUUGUUUAAAAGCUGGUUUAAUUGAUGUCACCGAUUGUUAUUAUGGAUUUCCAAUUGCUCUUUCGUAUCCACACUUCUACAAGUCCGAUCCAAGUAUUUUGGAAGCUAUCGAGGGCUUAAAUCCAAAACCUGAACUUCACGAAUCUUAUGCCUAUAUUCAACCAAAAUCAGGUCUUCCAUUAAAAGUUGCUUUCCGUUUUCAAAUCAAUAUGGCUUUACAAAAUAUCGAACACAUGGCAAGAGUAGAAAAAUUCGGAGACAUGGUUUUACCGUUACUGUGGUUUGAAAUCGGAAUGAACGAAUUACCAUUAUCAAUGUAUAUUCGUUUUUGGUUUUAUUUAAAUUUCUUACCAAUUCUUCAAGAUGUAGUAACGUAUUCUUCGUUGAUUAUUGGCAUUAUACUCAUAAGUGUUGGUAUUUGUAAAAUCUUUGUAUAUUCACCAAACAAAUCAACAUCAGCUCGACAAUGGUUAAAUUCUAAAAUGAAAAAUCAAAAGUUGCAAUUUUUUAAUAACAGACGAACGUCAUGUAAAAUUAAUGAAAUGGAUACUUAUAGUUCAUUAAUCGAAUCGAAAAAUGUAAACACAAUGCCAGAAGGAAUAACAAAAUUAUUAUCUUUAAAAGAAGAUAUCGUGUGAUUAUUAAUACCUGAAUAAGACAAUAAAAGAGGCUAUAUAUUUUCCGUGUAAAGUUGACAUAUAAAAUGAACAAAACUUGCGAGACUUUGAGGUUCGAAGCAAUAACACUACAGUAAUGAUUCAAACAAAAUCUACAUCGAUAAGUAAGGAAAUUGAUAUACCUAUUUUUAAAAAAGGAUUUUCAUAUUUUCAAACUUAAUAAUACAAUUUCAAAAUAUCAAAAAUUGAAAUUCAAAUUAUGAACUAUAUUUUGAUA